AUGGCCGAAAAGGCUCCUCCUUCUCUCGCGGCGGUAGCGGUUUCGUCCCUUCUUCUCGGCCUGCUGGCGGGCUAUUUCAUCGGACAGGGCAGCAGUAUCGGCGUUUUUGGCGGUUCGAGCACUUCAGGUGGAGUCAAGAAAAGUUGGCCAAACAGCUACGAUGUGAAGGUUCAUGCGGAUUCGAGCGAUGAGCAAGCGGACGACGAGGACGAGGAUGAAGAAGAAGACGAGGAUGGCGGAGACGGAAAUGAGCUCAGGGAUUUCAGAGAUUCCAAGGAAGAAGUCAAGCUGGUAUUGGCGGUCAGGACGGAUCUGGGCAUGGGCAAAGGUAAGAUUGCCGCACAGUGUUCCCAUGCCACUCUGGCAUGCUACAAGUACCUGGUCAAUCACCCGUCGUCCGCACCUCUCCUCAAGCGCUGGGAAUGGGGAGGACAACCUAAGAUCGCGGUGCAGGCCAAAUCUGAGGAAGAGCUGGAAACGUUGCAGGCCCAGGCGAUGAGUCUUGGUCUCUGCGCAAGAAUCAUCCACGACGCAGGCAGGACACAGAUUGCUGCUGGUAGCGCUACGGUCCUGGGAGUCUUAGGUCCCAAGAGUGUUGUUGACCAAGUGACUGGACAGCUGAAGUUGUUGUGA